AUGGAGAAUUCAACGCAGGAGGUGGAAACCAAGCACGUGCCUGUGGGCUUUGGCAAGCUGUUGGCCCAUACUGACAGAACAGUCCGGGACCGUGGCUUCAAAAAGCUGAAGAAGUGGUUGCAGAAGACUCCUGACUUGGGAAGGCUUGAAUACAUGAAAGUCUGGAAAGGCCUCUACUUCGCAAUGUGGAUGGCUGAUAAGAGACCAGUUCAGCAGGAGCUUUCUGUGAAUAUUGCACUUCUCCUCAAUGACGUUCCACAAGGAAGACGCACCAUGUGGAUAGAGUGCUUUUGGGACACAAUGCGGGAUUCGUGGGAAAAAUUGGAUGUGCACCGAGUUAACAAGUACAUGCUAUUCCUCCGAAUCGUGCUCGCUGAAAUGUUCAAGGAUCUUCGUCUGGGUGGUUGGUGUAUUCAUGAGGUAAAAGACCGAAUGGAUAUUCUGUCAAGGUCAUCAUCACAUCGGCACAACAGCUCAUCCAGCGUGGGCAUUGUUAUGCAGUUGACCCGAGUGCUGUGGGAUGAGCUGAUGCCGCAGUUGGAGCAACAACCCAAAGCUUCCCGACAAGUCAUUUUAACGCUACUGGAGCCAUUUGUUUGCUUAGCGGAAGGAUCAUUUGUUGAAGGACUUGUCCGCAGUAUUCACGAAAACAUUUUAAAAAAGUGUCCCUGGGAACUCCUUGUUCCCUUGAGCAACAGACUGCUGGAAGCUGCUGCACGGACGGACAUCUUCCAGAAAAAUCGCGAAGCAUUAUAUGAAAUGGUUGAUGAGAUGGAGAAGAGGGCAAGGGAACCUGCUCCAGAAACGCUCUUGCUUGACGAGGCUGAAAACAUCUCUGGGGCUAACCACCCUACAUCGGAGGCUAAAAAGCCUUCAAAGCGGAAGAGGACCAAGCGCCUCAAAGGUGACAAGGUUAAAAAAGCUUCCAGCCAAAUGUCUCCACUGAUGCUUCCAAAGGCCGCUGAACCGUCAGUGCCGGCAUUCAAAGAGCACUCUGAGCACUCAUCCAAAAGGAGUCCAUCAGACCUGGCCCAUCAGGUGAAGAGAAAGACAAAGAGAAAGGUCAAAACUGCUGCUGCCAAUGCCUCCGGGAAGAGUGAGCAAGAUGCUCAAAAAGCUCAAGAAGUGUCGUUUAAUCCCCUGGACAAGGUCGUCAAGUACUCCGAAGAUGCUCCAGUGUCGCAGAUGAAGGGUUCAGCAGUGAAGCGGAAGAGGCGAAGGCUUCAAGAUCUUGAAAGCACACCGGGCACAGACCCAAAGCAGGGCAAGAAGAGCAGCAAGAGGAGGAAGAAGUGA